GAAACAUUCGAAGAUACAGAAUUAAUUAUCGACAUAUUUUCCUUUCAUUUAUGGCUUCCUCAACGACUUCAACAGUAGAAGUCGUAGAAACAGAUGAAGUAUAUUUUGCAAAGCGAGCCGAAGUUCAGUUACAAAUAGAAAAUAAUGAAAUCAAAGCAGUAGAUUUAUACAGCUUGGCCCCACUGUUAGCAAGGUGGAGAUCGAAUGACACGUUUCCUGUGUGCCUUAUGUGUCAAACAUCUGUAGCGGAGGGAAAGUUUGGUCUUGGGCAUUUAAUCCCACAUUCAAUACUGAAACAAUGUGAACUGAAGUACUUUGUAGACGUUAAUCAAGGGAAAGAAUUCAGCGUGUCCAGAAUGGGAUACAGAGCUUUUUGUUCCAAAUGCGAGGGAAGAUUUUCAGAUCAUGGUGAAGUUAAUUUAAACCGUAGGUUUUUCAAGCCAUUUUAUGAGAACCAAGAUGAAGCAAUAGAAGUAGACGUACGUGAUAAAGUAAACGGUAACUCGUGGUUGUAUUUUUGCUUUAUAUCUAUCGUGUGGCGAUGUUUGUGCUUCAAUCAAUAUGCCAAGGACGUACUUUUUACAGUAAUACCUUAGAAUGUCUGCGAGAGUUCCUUCUCAAAUAUCCUAAUCAUGAUAUUGACUCAAAAGUGGCUUUGUUUGUAUUUGCCCCGAACAGCCAACUGGAGUCAAAGUGGAAAGAGGACAAUGAAACAUAUAAACGUUUCUUUGAUCGUACGUGUGCUGCAAUUCGUGAUUUUAGUCACUCAGACCAUACGGCUGCAUGGGUUAGAAUGGGACCAAUCCACAUUUUGAUGAUCUACAACAGUGAAGAUGGUGACUUGCAUGGACCAUUUGGUUUAACUAAAGAAGACCUGGAUAUAGCAAAACAGUUGUGUAUCAUUAAUAAUACAGAUGACAAGAUUUUUAUUCCAAAGAAGCAGGAUAGGUUCUUCCCCAUGUCAGUGUAUGAUGACAUUGUCAAUAUUGCAAAAAAGGCUUUGUCAUCCACGCGUCGAGUCUCAUCCAAGAAAACAGCAAUAGACUCAACACUUCCACCAGUGCAGGCAACCCAUUUGUUUCUCUUGCCACAAUCUGUUAGUUAUACUGAUGGAAACUUCUCUAUUCCUAAAUCCCACUACCAAACAACAUUUUCCCACGAUCAACGUGGUCUGAAAAUUGUGGGAGCACGUAGAAGUAAAUCAAGUAAUGGUGAAAAAAUCAUUUUUGUAGCUCUUGAAGGAUCGAUCAAAUAUGUUGAUGAUGAUGGCAAGAACAAGACUGGACCACUUGCCAUGGCUUUAAAUGUGGGUGAUAAUGGAAAAGUUUCCUACUUGAAGGGAGUCAAUAUUCCUCCCAAAGAAAAAGUUUGUGGGCGGGACUUAAAUGAAAUACCCUAUAAACAAGAGAUUGAAAAAAUAAUGGUUGGAUUGAUAACAGACGGUGCUGCAAAGUGGUAGAUGCUAUAGGAAAACGAAUGGAUGAACUGACACUGGUUAUUAAGUGAGUUACACCUGUUAUAUAUUUCUUAACUUUAAACCUACACCAUAUACUGUAUAUGCCAGCACAAUAUGUUUUAGAUGUUUAAUUAAUGGGCCUAUUCCAUAAUGAACAAAAUUUUGAUCUAUACAAAAAUUUCGAAAUGUUGUAAAAUGCGGAUAGUAUAGCCCUGCGAAGUUUGCCGUUUUUCAGUCAUUUUGUAUUACGCAAGGGAAACUGUCACUGCUUUCUGAAAAAAGGUGUCAAUUUCCUGCUCGUAAUACAAAAUGACUGAAAAAUGGCAAACCGUUUGCAGGGCUAUAUUAUCCGCAUUUUACAACACCUCACAACGAAACUUCGGAAUAUUACUAAUUUUGUGAUGCUCUUUCAAGCUAGAUCAAAAUUUUGUUCAUUAGGGACUAGGCCCAUUCGCUUCAUAUAGGACCGUCAAAUACUUUAGCUGCAAAAUAUUAUAACACUACCAGUAUGUAUUAUUCAGGGUUCGAAAUAGCAGGCUGCCAAUGGCCAAUAGCAGGCCAUAUUUUAGAAAUGGCAGGCAAAAACAAAUUUGAACUGCCAAGUAAAAAAAAAUGGCAGAGGUGAAAUUCUAUAGAUAUAUUUCAUUUCAUUUGCUUAAUACCACAACUCAUAUAUACUGUACUAGAUCAUUUAGUCGACUAAAUACGUUUAUAUUUGAAAUGUAAAUCCAAGUUUACUGUAGUAAAAUCGACAAGUUUAAAAAGAAUAAAAAUGCAUAUGAUGACAGCAUUGAUUUUUACAAUAUGACUCAUGUGAGAUAUUGCAAUUUUGGCAGUUCAAUGAAUAAAAAUGUCAGGCUAAAAUUUAUUUUGAACUGCCGAAAAAUUUAGAUUAAUUAACAGGCCAUAUUUUUUCUCUAUUUCGAGCCCUGGUAUUAUUAUACAUAGUAGUCACUACAUGUCUUCUGAUUGGCCAGUAGCUUACAACUAAAUACAGUAUGGAAAUCACACAACCUACACAUUUGUAACUCUGUUAUCCGCUAGCAGAUUAACAAAUACAUGGAGAAGAACAAGAAAAAACAACAUGAUUUACAUGAACGAACAGUGGUUUUUGUGAAUGUUUUGCAUUUUUAUCGGAACGUUAGCAGAUGAAUGAGAUUUUUAAUAUUUUCAUUUUGUUAUUGUGAUAUCUAAAUCAAAAAUCAUUUUCACUGCUUUUUUUGAGAAUCAAACAUUGUUUUGUGUGACAAAUCAUUGUUUGUUGAAACAGUUAUUAGAGUGAAGUUUAUGUAAUGAAACACUAAAAACACUUAGCCUAUUGAUAUUACCAAAUUAACAAGGUCUCAGUAAGUGUUAUUUCAAUCUCGCCUUUGGCUCGACUGAUAGCACUUACCUCAACCUUGAUAUUUCCGAAUAUGGCAAAAACCUCUAACUGUUUAUUAUAAAUGUUGACUUUUACUUUGAUAAAAUUUUAAUGUUAAACUGUACUUGAAAUAUACUGUACAUGGCACUGCUAGAAUAUCACUUUAUUUUAAUCCAUUUAACUUUUAAAGAAUCACAGUCAACCAUGAUGCUUCCCACGCUAUAUGAAUGUUUACUGCUAAAAAUAGUGUUGCUUUGGAAAAUAGUCAUAAACUAAAAAUGAUAUGCAUUAGUUUUAUUAUAAACAAAGAAACUUUAAAACAUUUUUACAUGAGACCAGUAUGAAAAUCGCAAAUUUUUAAAAUUUAUUCCCUUUGCCAGGCAAUUUUCUUUGUUACUGUAGAUGGAUUUUGUUAGCAUGUGUUGUUCCAAUGUCAAGGUUACAGCUGAGACCGGUUUGAAAUGUAUUUAUGUUUACAUUCAUUCCAGUCUGAAUUCAUGCUGGUCCAGCAGGCAGAACGACUUGAGACCAGUCUGAGUUAUUUUCAUCCCCGUCUCAUGAAAACAGCUAUUAUCAAUAAUACUAUAUGACUGAAACGAAGUGGCCCUGAUUUGACUUUGUUCCGUUCUCAUGUAAACAGGACCUAACACACCUUCAGCCUACAUUUGAUUGCAAAUUAUUGACUCCAAUCCUAGUGUCCUCCAGUUGAUGGUUGAGAGUAUAUAACAAGUCAAAGCUGUUAUUAAUUCACUGUCACACAUGUAACUUCCUUUUGAAACUGCAACCUAAAGCUAGGGUUACACAUGCAAUUUUUUUGUGUGUGGGCAAUGCAAGCAGUCAAAUUUGAUCAUAUUUCCUGCGCCAAGAGAAGUGACAAGACAUGCAAUGAUUUUUUUGGCUAGUAUAUGUAAAAAGUGCAUUCAUGAUUUAUGCACACAUGAUUUCAUGAUUUUUCAACAAAAUUUAGCACUCUUAAUUUUAGACACAUGCGUGUUUAAAAGUUUGAUUAUUGUGAAGUGUGAUCACUGUGAUCACAAAAAUAUUAUGUUGCAGGGUGCGAUAAUUCAAUAUUUUUAGCCGUACCUGACUGGUACUCCGACAACUUUUGCCGCGUACCUGGUCUGGUACAAACUUAAGAGUCAAGACGUACCUAAGACUACUUCCGAGUCAUGCGUUUUUAUACCUACGUAUAGUUUACUGGUUCAAAAGCAAAAAAAUGUAUGGGCAAUUUUGUACAAAUGAAUCUUUAAUUAUGGUAUUUGUACAACAUAAUAUAACAGUAUACAAGGCGUCGACGUUGUGACUCGAAUGCCAUCGCUCAUGUACAGUGGAUUUACCGUGGGUGCUAACAGUCUGACCUCAGCUACAUACUGUGUAGUUUUCCUCAUUGCAUGGGCCUAAAAAAAACCCUGUGGUUCCGGUUUCAUAUCGCGAAAAAAUUAGGCUAGGUAGGUCGGAAAUAAAUUUUUUUUAAAUAUUUUUUUCAUGGUUUUAGCGGUUUUUUGCUGGGCGUUUUUCAGUAGAGUCCCGACAUCAAUAUUAACUAGAGAUGCGUAGUUCCUACGGACGAAUUUAGGCAAUUUGUUUCAAUAAUUAUUGUGACAUCAGACGCCAUUUUGGCACGCUGUACGAGCAUCCCGUAACCACCCGGAGAAAAUAGGGUCGCAUGGUCAAUCGUGUUGAAAAAAUAAUAGGGUGGGCAGUAGAAAAAAUAGGGUCGGUCGGGAAACCGGAACCACAAGUAUUUUAUUUUUAGGCCUUGGUAUAGCAUUGACAAUUAAGCCCAGGUCACACUACACAACGAUAACGACACGAUAACUUGUAAACACGCGAUGAUUGGUAACAAAAAUUAUGUUGGUGUCCAAACUACAACAAAAACGAUAAAAUUAUCGGCGUUUGACGAUAACGAUUUUAAAAUCGCUCACCCGAGCGAUUUUUUUUCAGUCGGACGAUGACGAUAAAUUUUUUGAUCAAGCGCAAAGAUAACCUUUUGGCUUUUUCAUCCCAAAAUAUGUCGGAUGCGUGGAAUUUACAUGUACAGCUAAAGUUCUUCACGGUUUUGAAUACUUUGGCAGGUCUGCUAGUUAUUGCUAGAAAGAAAAUGUAAGUACGCGAAUAGCAAAUUUUCGCGUACCUACGUGGUACUUGCCUAAAAACAAAGAAGUACCAGACCAUAAAUUUGGCGUACCUCCGGUACGUUGGUACGCGAAUUAUCGCACCCUGACUGUUGUCAAUAUAGACUGCCUAAAAUUCCUAACAUUUGUUUAAUUUAAACAUGUAUGAAUUUGUAGUUAUUCUUUGAACUUAUUAAAACAACAACAUUUUAGAAAUUAAUUGAUUUUGCCAGGUGUUGACUGUUGUGGGUAAACCUGGAUGUCUUUUACUAGUGUACCAGUUGGUUUAGUCACCCCCAAAUCAUUUCUUCACUUGUUAGCCAGUUCUUGUCUCAACAGAAUAUGAUACACAUGUCAUCCAAUCUCGUACCCAGAGCAAUGCCUGUGAGCGGGUUAGGAAGGCAUUGGCUCUGGGGAAAUUGACAACCGGAACCCCUAAAUUUAGGGGUUCCGGUUGUUUGUCGGCAUGCAUGAUUGAUAAACGUUAAACCAAUCACAGCACAGGAAAAAUUCAAUUUCCCCAGAGCCAAUGCCAUCCUAGCCCGCGCACAGGCAUUGCUCUGGGUACGAGAUUCCAUGUCAUCCAAUUUCUCAAUUUGACCCAUUGCGUUGCCGGUGUCACAGGAAAUUUGGCCCCCCGAAAAUUUCCCCCCCCCUGCCAAAUUUCCUAGGAAAUUUGCCCCCCCCCCUGGAAAUAUUUCCUAGGAAAUAUGGCCCCCUCUUCGGAAAUUUGGCCGCCUCUAAAAAAAUAUAGUCUACUUUAUCUUUUAGCUCGGAAAUCGUGAAGCUUCUACUACAACCAAAUUUCUAGAAAUUUUUCUCAACAUUUAUAGUUAGUUUGCGUAAUUUUUUUGUGUCAAAACAAAAUUCUGCACUGAAUUGCAAUACUGACGAGAAUUAGGCUUACAACACUGACGGAUGUUAUGUAGCUGCAUGUAACCUUUGUUUAGGAAAGGGUUUUUUUACGAAAUAACCACUCAUUUGAUUUUGUUUUUCGAACAAACGUACGUUUCCAUCUAAAAGUCUACUUUUACCCCGAUGUUAAUUACUCCCUGUUACUUAUUAGACGCGUGCAUAUUAACAUAUUCCAUUGUCAUCGUUUGCUAAAGUGCAGUUGUUAUUCUGACUAAUUUUAUACUAUGUGACUGAAUUUUAUAGAUCCAAAUAACUUGUAAUAUCUUAGAAAUUCCUAUCUCUAAAAAUCGUUUCGUGUCCUUAAUUAGCUUAAAGCUAAGCCAUUAUGCUUUAACGUUGUCCUCAACAGAUACCCAUGUGUGAUGUGUCUGGCAUGACUGCACUAGCACAUUGUUAUUAUUACACUUUCCUUCAAACUUUUAGUUCUUGGCCGCAAUGAAGAAUUUCGACACGGAUAAAUUGUACAAACCAACUAUAAAUACUGACAAACACUUUUAGGAUCUUGGUUUUAGAAGAAGCUUCACGAUUUCCGAGCUUAUAGCGAUAAAGUAAACUAUGUUUUCGAGGGGGGCAAAUUUCCGAAGGGGUGGGGGGCAUAAUUCCUAAGAAAUAUGGCCCCCAAGGGGGGGGGCAAAGUUUUGGGGGGGGGCAAAUUUCCUGGGACACCAGUGUGAAAAUAAAUUGCACGUGUAACCUAGGCUUAAAGAACAGGAUUUAAGACAGCCUUACAUGUGGGGAUUUAUAUAAAGAUAGCGUUACAUGUGGGGAAUUACAUAAGACAGGCUUACAUCGAUUUUAUUGAAAUGGUUUUUUUGUCCUUUUUGUUUUUCAGCGGUCUGUAGUAUAUACUGUAUUGUUGGUUUCCAAUCGCUCAAGAACCAAUCAAAAUGCUGCGUUUUGUUGAUGGACUGCACAGCCAUAAAGUGAGUUAUCAACACCAGUGAAUUUGAAAUUGACUUUGAAGUACAGGGCAAGAUAUUUGUUUCUUUUAUCUGCCUAAUAGUUAGCCUUUUCAUAUCGUACCAAAUUUAAUUAAAGGAAUCACGCACGAUAGAUUUUUAUUGAACUUUUACAAUAGCUGCAGAGCAUCAUGCUCUAUUGAUAUAUAUAUUAAAUAAAAUUGAUAGGUCACCGACUAUGCUGACAGUACCAAAGUUACAUUUUAUAACAAAUUUACAUCCGAG